UUAAAAAACGGCGAGUUUUUUAUUGUAACAACGUAACAGCAAUGGCAGAAACAAUGUGUUUACUUUAGGUACAUCGUCGCUGGUGCUUCAAAAUUAGCAUAUAAACAAUAUCACUCGUAACAGCAGUAAGAAAACUAUAGCGCGCAAUCACCUAAAAAUUCUUAAAGUUGACACAAAAACUAUUACAAUUGACAACAAAAUAAAAUUACAUUUGUAGAGAACAUAAAAUUCGUUAAUUCUCUGCACGAAAAAUAAAAUUUUGCCAUUUUUAAAAUUAUAGGAAACACAUGUUCAUUGCGAUAAGCAUGAACGGAAAGCAUAAGGCAUAAGGAGCUAUGGUUUCAGCAACUAUAUGGCAAAUAUGGCAUCUGUGAACUUAUGUACUAAAUACGUAAAUUGCAGAAUUUAAAUGCCCAUAUCUACUAUCACAGAUCAUAUGACCCCCAAAAGAGUUAGGUUAGGUUACGUUUGUAGGUUAACUUAAAGUUUUGUUUUGCGCGAGCCGAAAUGGCUAACGCAGUUAAACUAAAGGAGGUAUAUGAAAUUCAGUCUAAACACGGGGCAUUCUAUACCGGCGGCAAUGUGGAAUGGUUAGAGUCGACGUUCUACUGCCAGUCGCACGCGAGCGUUAAUUUACUCGACGCCGAGACCGGUGCGGUGGAAAGGUUGGUGGGGGACGCGGAUACCGAAGAUGCCGACGCGAUUCACACUUUCACCACGGACGGCGUAAAAAUAGUGUCCGCCCACAAGAGCGGUUUGCUUAAACUGUGGAAGAUCAGCGGCGAGCUCGAAAAAACGUGGAAAUGUAUUCACAAGGGGUCCGUAGCGAAGCUGGCAUUAAACGGCGACCACCUGGCGAGCGGCGGGUCAGACUCCAGCAUUCGCUUAUGGAACUGGCAGUUGCAGACAUGCCUGUUGAACUUGAAAGGCUGCACGGGGGUCGUGAACGUCGUCACCUUCCACGAUAAUGUAAUAUUCGCGUCGGGAGAUGACGGAAAUAUCAAUUCCUACGAACUAGAACGGGGCGACCUAGUGACCGCAUACAAGGGGCAUUACAACAAAGUGACGUCACUUGCUUUUGCGCACGAAGGACAGAGGUUCGUGUCCAGUGGCAGGGACAAGGUUUUAAUUUUAUGGGAGCUGGGUCGAGGGACGCCACUGAAAACUGUCGCCACGUACGAAACGAUCGAGACUCUCCUCGGCAUGCCCCGGAAGUUCAAGUUGCCAGGCUUCCAGUCUGACCCGGACUCCGUGUAUGUAGCCUCCGCCGGUGAAAAAGGCGUCGUGCGUGUAUGGGACGUGCCCAAAGGUCGCGAGGUUUUCGUCCAACCGGAAUCCACCGCGCCCGGGGUCGCCGUCACCCACCUCAGGCACGACCCCAAGACUAAGGGCGUGGCCGUCGUCACCGUCGAUCACAACAUCGUCGUGCACCACUUAAAGUCGUUCGUUUGUCUCAAGCAGUUCGUCGGGUUUACCGGCGAGAUCCACGACGUGGUGUACGUCGGCCAUGGGGACACCCAUAUCGCGAUCGCCACCAACUCGAACGAUAUCAAAGUGUUCGACAACGCGUACAUGAGCUGUCGCCUGCUCAAAGGUCACACGGAUCUGGUGCUCGCGUUGGCGGUCAGCGACCGAGACCGCGACCUGAUGCUCUCCUCCGCCAAAGACAACGCCGUACGCCUCUGGCGGUUCGGGGGCGGGGACGCGACGUGCGUCGCCAUCGGCGCGCUUCACACGGGAAGCGUCGGCGCGAUCGCGUUCGCCCGCGGCGACCCCUACGCUGUCAGCGCGGGUCACGAUAACUGCCUGAAGAUGUGGCGGGUGGACGAAGGGGGCGGGGCCGACGUUUUGCGUUGCACCCGCAGCCAGGUGGCGCACCAGAAGGAGAUUAACAGCGUCGCGGUGUCGCCGAACGACAAAAUAAUCGCGACCGCGUCCCAGGACAGGACGGUCAAGCUAUGGACGGACGCGCUGGACCUGCUCGGCACGCUAGCGGGACACAAGAGGGGCGUAUGGUGCGUCAGAUUUUCGCCCGCCGACCAAGUGGUAGCGUCCUGUUCCGCAGACUGUACCAUCAAACUGUGGUCCGUGACCGAUCUCGUCUGCCUGCGGACCAUGGAGGGCCACGAAGCGAGCGUGUUACGUCUCGAGUUCCUAUCGAAGGGCGCCCAAAUCCUGAGCGCCGGCGCGGACGGCCUCGUCAAACUUUUCAACGUGAAAAACGCGAGCUGCGAGAGCACCGCGGAGGGUCACGAGGGCAGGAUAUGGGCGUUAGCGGUUAAAGGGGACGAAUCCGAAUUAGUAACUGGCGGUAGCGAUUCGUCGCUGGUACGGUGGACGGACGCGACUGAGGAGCGACGACAGCGCCGCCGAAAGGAUGAGGAGGAACUAACGCUGAUCGAUCAGCGUCUGAGCAAUUACCUGCAGGCCGACGAACUGCUCAAGGCGCUGGAGCUGUCGUUGACUUUGAAUCGACCCCAGCAGACGUUGAGGAUCGUCGAACGGGCCAUUAAAAAAAAGGACGUCGGUUUGGCGGAAGCGGUGAGGCACUUCGACGAAGGGCUGAAGACGAGCCUGCUGAAGUGCGCGUUGGAUUGGAACACUAACGGCCGCAACUGUCAAGCGGCGCAGCUGGUGCUCAACAUAUUGUUGCAGGAGCUGCAGACGGGCAAGUUCAGACCGGUCGGAUUGGCGUCUCUCGUCGAGGGGGCGCUGCCCUACACGGAGCGCCACUUCAAGCGACUCACGCGGACCCUGCAGGACAUGCACCUGCUGAAUUACACCGUGAAUUGUAUGAAACCGAAUUCGAAAUAUACGCGCAGUACGUGA